AUGAUCAGACAAAGGGUAAGAUAAGAAGUAGAUAGACCUGUGGCUUCACACCUGAAGGAUAAAACAAAUGUUGCCCUGUCUGCACACGUAACCCUAAUUGUUAAACAAACACUACAUAAUGCAAUGAUUCAUGAACACGACAUGACAGCUGUCAUUAGAGCCGCAUAAUUUGAGACAAACAACUUUUUUUAUGUCAAGUCACACGCAGCAGUGGACAGUCUGACCAUUGAUUGUUGAUAUGCUGGCUGCUAGCCAACUGUCUCGCCUAAAUCAUGGCAUGUGUCACGUUGGUGUCAAGUCAUCGGUCUUCACCUGAUGUUAUAGUAUAAUCUUCUUCUUCUUCUUCUCUGUCUUCUUCUUCUGCCCCUCUACCAUAGAUAGACUCUGAUGAUGUCAUCACGCGAGACGAGCAGAUUUACCUCCUGAUUGGUCCCCGUGCCAAGUGUGAGAGGAUAAUCCAUUCACAGCUGGCCAUAGUCAAAGGUGUGUUAACUAUAACCACAUCACAAGUUAUAGGACAGUGAUUGCCAAAUCUAGGUGUGCUUCUAGAAUACAUCAAAUACAUGGGAAGUCUGGAUGUACUGGAGGAGAGGUUUGGGAAACACUGUUACAGGACAUAGCCUAUACUUUUUUAUGAUUUCAUAGGGAUCCCCUUUGGCUUUAGUUAUGCACCCAACUGAAAAUCAAGGUCCAGAAAAGGUUUCUGGUGCAGUGGUUGUCCAGAUUAUGAAUGAUUUGUUAAAGUGUCAAAUCAGCUUGUCUUGUGUCAACCACAGUCCAAUAUAGGAUAAAGUGAUAGUGUAAUUGAUUACAAAGAAGAUUGUUUGUCACUUCCUCCUGUUCAAGUACAGUCAAAAGCCAUUUCAAUCCAAUAUCCUGGAGAGAAGUAUUUCCAUGGUAACAGAAGGUUAGAUGUGAAAUGAAUGAUAGGAAAACCAGCUCGACUCACCGUCUUGACGUAGAGUUAUGAUGCAGUGUCUUGAUACAGAUUGUUAAUGGCCCUCUGUUAGGAAUUUAAUUACAGAUGUACUGUAUCAUCUGAGAUACAGUGCAUUCGGAAAGUGUUCAGACCCCUUGACUUUUUCCACAUUUUGUUACGUUACAGCCUUAUUCUAAAAUGGAUUUUUAAAAAAUAAUCCUCAUCAAUCUACACACAAUACCCCAUAAUUAUAAAGUGAAAACAGGUUUUUAGAAAUGUUUGCAAAUUUAUUACCAAUAAAAUACAGAAAUACCUUAUUUACAUAAGUAUUCAGAACCUUUGCUAUGAGACUCGAAAUUGAGCUCAGGUGCAUCCUGUUUCCAUUGCUCAUCCUUGUGAUGUUUCUACAACUUGAUUGGAGUCCACCUGUGGUAAAUUCCAUUGAUUGGAACACAGUUAUCUAUAUAAGGUCCCACAGUUGACAGUGCAUUUCAGAGCAAAAACCAAGCCAUGAGGUUGAAGGAAUUGUCUGUAGAGCGCCGAGACAGGAUUGUGUCGAGGCAUAGAUCUGGGGAAGGGUACCAAAAACUUUUUGCAGCAUUGAAGGUCCCCAAGAACACAGUGGCCUCCAUCAUUCUUAAAUGGAAAAAGUUUGGAACCACCAAGACACUUCCUAGAGUUGGCCGUCCGGCCAAACUGAGCAAUCGGGGGAGAAGGGCCUUGGUCAGGGAGGUGACCAAGAACACAAUGGUCACUCUGACAGAGCUCCAGAGUUCCUCUGUGGAGAUGGGAGAACCUUCCAGAAGGACAACCAUCUCUGCAGCACUCCACUAAUCAGGCCUUUAUGGUAGAGUGGCCAGACGGAAGCUACUCCUUAUUAAAAAGCACAUGACAGCCCACUUGGAGUUUGCCAAAAGGCAUCUAAAGGACUCUCAGACCAUGAGAUACAAGAUUCUCCGGUCUGAUGAAACCAAGAUUGAACUCUUUGGACUGAAUGCCAAGCGUCACAUCUGGACGAAACCUGGCGCCAUCCCUACGUUGAAGCAUGGUGGUGGCAGCAUCAUGCUGUGGGGAUGUUUUUCAGCGGCAGGGACUGGAAGACUAGUCAGGAUCGAGGGAAAGAUGAACGGAGCAAAGUACAUAGAGAUCCUUGAUGAAAACCUGCUCCAGAGCGCUCAAGACCUCAGACUGGGGCGAAGGUUCACCUUCCAACAGGACAAUGACCCUGGCUUCUGGACAAGUCUCUGAAUGUCCUUGAGUGGCCCAGCCAGAGCUCGGACUUGAACCCGAUCUAACAUCUCUGUAGAGACCUGAAAAUAACUGUACAGCGACGCUCCCCAUCCAACCUGACAGAGCCUGAUAGGAUCUGCAGAGAACAAUUGGAGAAACUCCCCAAAUACAAGUGAGGUAUGCCAAGCUUGUAGCGUAAUACCCAAGAAGACUCGAGGCUGUAAUCGCUUCCAAAGGUGCUUCAACAAAGUAAUGAGUAAAGGGUCUGAAUACUUAUGUAAAUGUGAUAUUUCCGUUUUCAUUUUUUUAUAAAUUUGCUCAAAUUUUGCUUUGUCAUUAUGGGGUAUUGUGUGUAGAUUGAUGAGGGAGAAAAAAACAAUUUAAGCAAUUUUAGAAUAAGGUUUUAACGUAACAAAAUAUGGAAAAAGUCAAGGGGUGUGAAUAUUUCCGAAUGCGCUGUAUAUCAUGAAAUGAAAUGUUGGGUGAAUUUUCUACUGAUUUUAAAGUAAGAGCACAAUGACUCAUACAAAAUGGCCAUCUGUGCUGUUGUAUAUUUGCAGAAGGUGACUGUGUACCAGAGUGGGAUGGGAUUAUCUGCUGGCCCAGAGGGAAGCCUAGUCAGCUGGUCUCGGUGCUAUGUCCAGAGUACAUCUACGACUUCAACCACAGAGGUGGGCUGGCUCAUGACAAGAUCACUAAUUUAAAGCUCAAUAGCUGCUUUGUUAUUUUUAAAUACACUAAUGGACAAACCACAUACAGUAGAAGGAAAUACAGUAUGUUGGCCACAUACAUCGAUCACUUACAUAAUCAUGACAGGUCAGUGAUAGAUUGUGUUUACCAGCAGACACUGGUCUUCAGGUUUUACGGAACCAAUAACUAGCCUACGGAUAUUGUUGCACUCACUUGGUCUAGGGGUCAUAGGCCUAGUUACAUGGUCUGUAACCUGAAUGAAUGAUGUGCAUCUAUGUGAGAAAUCAGCGUAUAUGCCUAGGUGUUGAAUGUACACUAUCGUUCAAAAGUUUGGCGUCACUUAGAAAUGUCAUUUUUUUCGAAAGAAAAUAAAAAAAAUUGUCCAUUAAAAUAACAUCAAAUUGAUCAGAAAUACAGUGUAGACAUUGUUAAUGUUGUAAAUGGCUAUUGUAGCUGGAAACGGCACAUUUUUUAUGGAAAUCUACAUAGGCGUACAGAGGCCCAUUAUCAGCAACCAUCAGUCCUGUGUUCCUAUGGCACGUUGUGUUUGCUAAUCUAGGUUUAUCAUUUUAAAAGGCUCAUAGCCACCAAACAAAACCAGCAGCCUCACGGCUUGCAAGCUGGGACACUGACCCUUUCAUCCAAACUUCUAAUAUCGAUUCCUUAUAAAUGCACAUUGCGAAAUGCAAAUUCAGUUUAUGCGGUUUACCAGUCCCAAAUUAAGUACUCUUUUUGCACAGUACUUGCAGACAUCUGCAGGCUCCAGUUUGUUCAUGUGUUUACGACAGUCUCAAGCUAUAUCAUAAGGAGUCUAACACCACAUUGCAUUAGAUGUAACAAGUAUCAGCCUUUAAAUAUACACUAUGGAAAUUUAGUUGCUACAGUACUUGUUAAUAUCAAAUUCUGGCUUGAAUGUUGUCUGUAUGGUUCAUACACAUAUGAUACAACAAAAGCACACAAUCCUCAGUUUCAGUCUACAUUAGGAACACCUGCUCUUUCUAUGACAUACACUGACCAGAUGAAUCAAGGUGAAAGCUAUGACCCUUUAUUGAUGUCACCUGUUAAAUAGAAGGAGACAGGUUAAAGAAUAAUGUUUAAGCCUUGAGACCAUUGAGACAUGGAUUGUGUAUGUGUGCCUUUCAGAGGGUGAAUGGGCUAAACAAAAUAUUUAAGUGCCUUUGAACAGGGUAUGGUAUUAGGUGCCAGACACACCGGUUUGAGUGUGUCAAGAACUGCAACACUGCUGGGGUUUUCCCGCUCAACAAUUUCCCAUUUGUAUCAAGAAUGAUCCGCCACCCAAAGGACAUCCAGCCAACUUGACACAACUGUGUGAAGCAUUGGAGUCAACAUGGGCCAGCAUCCCUGUGGAAUGCUUUCGACACCUUGUAGAGUCCAUGCCCCGAUGAAUUGAGGCUGUUCUGACGGCAAAAGGUGGUGCAACUCAAUAUUACGAAGGUGUUCCUAAUGUUUGUACACUCAGUGUAUGUUUUUGCUCAUGGGCUUGGGGAGGUGGGUCUUUUUAGUUAUAUUUCUGCGCAUUUAAGGGACCCCUUUUGGCUCAAGAGCCCCCUCCUGAGGCAAACGCUCUGUUUUGCCCCUUUAAGGCCAUUGUACUAAUGCUGAUGUUAUACCUCUUCUCCCCAUCCUCCAGGUCAGGCCUAUCGUCAGUGUGAUGCCUCAGGGAACUGGGAGCAGGUGCCUAGCAUCAACCGCACCUGGGCCAACUACACUGAGUGUACCACCUAUCUGUUGUCCAGUCAUAGAAGCCAGGAGGAGGUGUGUGUGUGUGGUGUGGUGUGGUGUGUGUGUGGCUGUGCUGUGUGUGUGUGGGCACCUUUGUGCGCGUGUGUGUGUUGGUCCUGUGUGGAUCACUUGGUAGAGCAUGGCACUUGCAAUGCCAGGGUUGUGGGUUUGAUUCCCACAGGGGACCAGUAAGAAAAAAGUAUGAAAAUGUAUGCAUAAGAGCGUGUAUGUAUAAGAGUGACUGCUAAAUGACUCAAAUGUAAAUGUCAGUGUGUGUGAUUUGAGGGGGGAUUUUCACCUGAACAAAGGCCUCUCUAUCUGUUUUAAGUGAAGAGUUAUCAAGGUGUCAACCACAAUGCAUGAAUUAGUCACCCUGAGUUGACCAAGCAUUUUGAUUGUGGCGAGAAUCUUUUCCAUGCAUAAAAAAAAAAAGAAUCACAUUAAAACCCUAUGUGGAAUUCAUCAGUCCAUCAUGAUACUCACCCACCAGCCGCUGUGGUCUUCAGCAGUUGACCGUAGCCAUUUGUGAACAGCAUGUUCUUGACUUUUUUCCUGUUCACCUGCACACACGCACGCACGUACACACACACACUCACACACACACAUGCAGAGAAAUGCAUGCACAAUCGCACACACACAUGCUCAUUUGCUGAGUGUAUUUGUUCUCUGUUUUUAGGAGGUGUUUGAGCGGCUACACUUGAUGUACACCAUUGGUUACUCCAUCUCUCUGGUAUCCCUACUUGUGGCUGUCUCCAUUCUCUGCUACUUCAAGUAAGACCCCUUUAAUGCUGCUCCUCUUCAGUAGUAUUACUAUAGUAAUACCAAUACACUAGUCCAACAUUCAUAAAAAUCUUUAACACUCAGUUAAGACAAGUGAUUUAUUGCACGUGUAAUAACAAAAGAAAACAUCUGGUAAGUAGAAAGUAAAUAAUAGCACGUUACUUAAGAAUGGUAUAUUGCAUUAUGAUAUGGUUAUAAUUAGUUGCCUUGACAUUAACAUCCCCAUUAACACCCCUUAUAACGACUGGUAUUUCCAGUGUAUUUACUGUCAUGACAUCAGAUUAAUCUGCCAUGCGGCAGUGCACUUCCUCUAGGAUUGCCGCACAGAAGAAAUGCCAUGCUGCGCAGAGAUGCAAGAGAUUGAACUUCACUGAGUUUGCCCCAUUAGUUUGCACUAUAUACAUACAGUGCAUUCGGAAAGUAUUCAGACCCCUUGACUUUUUCCACAUUUUGUUACGUUACAGCUUUAUUCUAAAAUAGAUUAAAUAGUUUUUUCCCCUCAUCAAUCUACACACAAUACCCCAUAAUGACAAAGGAAAAACAGGAUUUUAGAAAUGUUUGAUACCUUAUUCAAAAGAAAAAAUUGAAAUAUCACAUUUACAUAAGUAUUCAGACCCUUUACUCAGUACUUUGUUGAAGCACCUUUGGCAGCGAUUACAGCUUUGAGCCUUCUUGGGUAUGACGCUACAAGCUUGGCACACCUGUAUUUUGGGAGUUUCUCCAAUUCUUCUCUGCAGAUCCUCUCAAGCUCUGUCAGGAUGGAUGGGGAGCGUCGCUCCAAAGAUGUUCGAUCGGGUUCAAGUCCGGGCUCUGACUGGGCCACUCAAGGACAUUCAGAGACUUGUCCCGAAGCCCCUCCUGCGUUGUCUUGGCAGUGUGCUUAGGGUCGUUGUCCUGUUGGAAGGUGAACCUUCGCCCCAGUCUGAGGUCCUGAGCGCUCUGGAGCAGGUUUUCAUCAAGGAUCUCUCUGUACUUUUCUCUGUUCAUCUUUCUCUCGAUCCUGACAAGUCUCCCAGUCCCUGCCGCUGAAAAACAUCCCCACAGCAUGAUGCUGCCACCACCAUGCUUCAACGUAGGGAUGGCGCCAGGUUUCAUCCAGAUGUGACGCUUGGCAUUCAGUCCAAAGAGUUCAAUCUUGGUUUCAUCAGACCAGAGAAUCUGGUUUCGCAUGGUCUGAGAGUCCUUUAGGUGCCUUUUGGCAAACUCCAAGUGGGCUGUCAUGUGCCUUUUACUGAGGAGUGGCUUCCGUCUGGCCACUCUGCCAUAAAAGCCUGAUUGAUGGAGUGCUGCAGAGAUGGUUCUUCUUCUGGAAGGUUCUCCCAUCUCCACAGAGGAACUCUGGAGCUCUGUCAGAGUGACCAUCGGGUUCUUGGUCACUUCCCUGACUAAGACCCUUCUCCCCCGAUUGCUCAGUUUGGCCAGGUGGCCAGCUCUAGGAAGAGUCUUGUUGGUUCCAAACUUCUUCCAUUUAAGAAUGAUGGAGGCCACUGUGUUCUUGGGAACCUUCAAUGCUGCAGAAAGAUUUUGGUACCCUUCCCCAGAUCUGUGCCUCGACACAAUCCUGUCUCGGAGCUCUAUGGACAAUUCCUUCAACCUCAUGGCUUGGUUUUUGCUCUGACAUGCACUGUCAACUGUGGGACCUUAUAUAGACAGGUGUGUCUUUCCAAAUCAUGUCCAAUCAAUUUAAUUUACUACAGGUGGAUUUCCAAUCAAGUUGUAGAAACAUCUCAAGGAUGUUCAAUGGAAACAUGCACCUGAGCUCAAUUUCGAGUCUCAUAGCAAAGGGUCUGAUUACUUAUAAGUUAUUAUAAUUAUAUUUUUUAAAUAAAUUUGCAGGAAUUUCUAGAAACCUGUUUUCACUUUGUCAUUAUGGGGUAUUGUGUGUAGAUUGAUGAGGAACAUGUUUUAUUUAUUCAAUUUUAGAAUAAGGCUGUAACGUAACAAAAUGUGGAAAAAGUGAAGUGGUCUGAACACUCUGCGAAUGCACUCUAGAUCAACGUUUCUUCUGUGAUCGAAUCAACAUUAUACAGUUGAAGUCGGAAGUUUACAUACACCUUAGCCAAAUACAUUUAAACUCAGUUUUUCACAAUUCCUGACCUUUAAUCCUAGUAAAUUCCCUGUCUUAGGUCAGUCAGGAUCACCACUUUUAUUUUAAGAAUGUGAAAUGUCAGAAUAGUAGGAGAGUGAUUUAUUUCAGCUUUUAUUUAUUUCAUUACAUUCCCAGUGUGUCAGAAGUUUACAUACACUCAAUUAGUAUUUGGUAGCAUUGCCUUUACAUUGUUUAACUUGGGUCAAACGUUUUGGGUAGCCUUCCACAAGCUUCCCACAAUAAGUUGGGUGAAUUUUGGCCCAUUCAUCCUGACAGAGCUGGUGUAACUGAGUCAGGUUUGUAGGCCUCCUUGCUCACACACGCUUUUUCAGUUCUGCCCACAAAUGUUCUAUAGGAUUGAGGUCAGGGCAUUGUGAUGGCCACUCCAAUACCUUGACUUUGUUGUCCUUAAGCCAUUUUGCCACAACUUUGGAAGUAUGCUUGGGGUCAUUGUCUAUUUGGAAGACCCAUUUGCGACCAAGCUUUAACUUCCUGACUGAUGUCUUGAGAUGUUGCUUCAAUAUAUCCACAUAAUUAUCCUUCCUCAUGAUGCCAUCUAUUUUGUGAAGUGCACCAGUCCCUCCUGCAGCAAAGCACCCCCACAGCAUGAUGCUGCCACCCCCGUGUUUCACGGUUGGGAUGGUGUUCUUCGGCUUGCAAGCGACCCCCUUUUUCCUCCAAACAUAACGAUGGUCAAACAGUCCUAUUUUUGUUUCAUCAGACCAGAGGACAUUUCUCCAAAAAGUACGAUCUUUGUCCCCAUGUGCAGUUGCAAACUGUAGUCUGGCUUUUUUAUGGCGGUUUUGGAGCAGUGGCUUCUUCCUUGCUAAGCGGCCUUUCAGGUUAUGUCGAUAUAGGACUUGUUUUACUGUGGAUAUAGAUGCUUUUGUACCUGUUUCCUCCAGCAUCUUCACAAGGUCCUUUGCUGUUGUUCUGGGAUUGAUUUGCACUUUUCGCACCAAAGUACAUUCAUCUCUAGGAGACAGAACGCGUCUCCUUCCUGAGCGGUAUGCCGGCUGCGUGGUUCCAUGGUGUAUAUACUUGUGUACUAUUGUUUGUGCAGAUGAACGUGGUACCUUCAGGCAUUUGGAAAUUGCUCCCAAGGAUGAAACAGACUUGUGGCGCUCUACAAUUAUUUUUCUGAAGUCUUGCUGAUUUCUUUUGAUUUUCCCAUGAUGUCAAGCAAAGAGGCACUGAGUUUGAAGGUAGGCCUUGAAAUACAUCCACAGGUACACCUCCAAUUGACUCAAAUUAUGUCAAUUAGCCUAUCAGAAUCUUCUAAAGCCAUGACAUCAUUUUCUGGAAUUUUCCAAGCUGUUUAAAGGCACAGUUAACUUAGUGUAUAUAAAGUUCUGACCCACUGGAAUUGUUAUACAGUGAAUUAUAAGUGAAAUAAUCUGUCUGUAAACAAUUGUUGGAAAAAUUACUUGUGUCAUGCACAAAGUAGAUGUCCUAACCGACUUGCCAAAACUAUAGUUUGUUAACAAGAAAUUUGUGGAGUGGUUGAAAAACGAGUUUUACUGACACCAACCUAAGUGUAUGUAAACUUCCGACUUCAACUGUAUCAGCCCCUUUUCAAUGCAACAAAUCUAACUUUGCAAGAUUGACUCUGUGUUUUUGUUUUAGGCAGAGCCAGAUCGCAACGGAGUAGAAUUCUAUUGGCGGGGGUAGCCCAUGAGCGGUCUUUCAAUCACCCGGGAGUGAAUGCGCUUUUCAGAUCAGUUCAGCUCAGUGCACAUUUGUUGAUAUUCUUUGCUAGUUAGUAAGUUAUUAGCCCAGUUAUAGAUAAGUAUAGGUAAGCAAUGGGUAGUUACUGCUUCCUACAAGAGCACAAAAAGUGUAGGGUACAUUUCAAGCGGUCUUUGAAAAGCCAGUCAGGUAAAAAGCUUAUCUUAAUUAAAGGGGCAGUGGUGUAUUUUGAGACAGGUUUGAAUAUGUAUAUAAGCCAAUAUGCAGAGUGAUAGUCUACAUUGUCAAAUUCUCUGUAUGGUAAUAAUAAUAAAUUUUAUUUUGUAGUGGUUUGUUGCAUCAUACAACACAAUGCACUUUACAGUCACCUAUUUGGCCCACGGUGUUACAUACCAAGUAAAAAAUAAAUAAUGUAAAAACAUUUUUAAAAGUCUCAUGCAAUGUAGGCCUGCAGUGAACACCACAUAUAGGCUACUGUAGGCUAUAUCAUAGAAAUCAAAAGCUAUUUCCAUGUGAAAAUGUUAUGGGAUUCGCUCCAUUGGUUUUCUUGGUAGGCCUACAUUAUGCUCAAAAUAGCCACAAUAACCUAUUGGCUACUGUCUAAAACUGUAAGGGUACAGCCUCAGUGUUCACUGUAAAGUUGCACAAAAUUCUCACAAUGUUCAAGUUUCUGCUCACAAGACCUAAAAUCUGCUCAGUGCCCCAAAAAAUUCAUUGCUGAACAUUGCUGGUGUGUAGUGAUGACGUAUGAUGCAAUGAGAACCGGCAGAUUACAGUAAAGCAGCCCUGAAAUUAACUCACCACUCUUGUGUGUUUCAAACACACAUAAAAAUAAUGCUCCAGGGUAAAGUUUCCCCUAAAUACAGAUCUAGGAUGAGCUUCCCCUCCCCCAAUCUUUAACCCAAAGGUGAGGACACGACAGUUCACCUGGACACAAGACUGAAUCCAAACAGUACACUGAUGAUUUUAUGAUUACAUUUGCUGUACUUUUCGCAGCGUUUGUCGAUAACAACAUCUGAAAAUACUCUGGAUACAUUCAUUAACAUAAUACGAAUAUUCAUGAAAAUGUGGGGUAGGUGUCACGUUGUAAAAUGAUAGAAGACAGGCGCAGGAAUACGUAAUAGGGUUUUUUAUUUCUCUACCCAACAUAAGGUAUGUCAUGAAAAACGACGGGUACGAAGCCCAAAACAAACAUGUGUGUGUAUAUAUAUAUAUAUAUAAAACACAGGGAUGUAACCCAAACAAAAGAGCGAGUUGUAAACCUCUAAAUAAUACACGGGAUGAGACCCGUAAUAACAAGUGCACAAUUACACAGUAUGUAAACCGUAAUACAAUGUACAGUAACACGUAGCACGAAAGCCGAUACAACAGAGUACAGGUACAAUAAUCGACAAGGACAAUGGGGAACAAAGGGCACAUAUACAGUGAGGGAAAAAAGUAUUUGAUCCCCUGCUGAUUUUGUAAGUUUGCCCCCUGACAAAGACAUGAUCAGUCUAUAAUUUUAAUGGUAGGUUUAUUUGAACAGUGAGAGACAGAAUAACAACAAAAAAAUCCAGAAAAACGCAUGUCAAAAAUGUUAUAAAUUGAUUUGCAUUUUAAUGAGGGAAAUAAGUAUUUGACCCCUCUGCAAAACAUGACUUAGUACUUGGUGGCAAAACCCUUGUUGGCAAUCACAGAGGUCAGACGUUUCUUGUAGUUGGCCACCAGGUUUGCACACAUCUCAGGAGGGAUUUUGUCCCACUCACUUGCAGAUCUUCUCCAAGUCAUGAAGGUUUCGAGGCUGACGUUUGGCAACUCGAACCUUCAGCUCCCUCCACAGAUUUUCUAUGGGAUUAAGGUCUGGAGACUGGCUAGGCCACUCCAGGACCUUAAUGUGCUUCUUCUUGAGCCACUCCUUUGUUGCCUUGGCCGUGUGUUUUGGGUCAUUGUCAUGCUGGAAUACCCAUCCACGACCCAUUUUCAAUGCCCUGGCUGAGGGAAGGAGGUUCUCACCCAACAUUUGACGGUACAUGGCCCCGUCCAUCGUCCCUUUGAUGCGGUGAAGUUGUCCUGGCCCCUUAGCAGAAAAACACCCCCAAAGCAUAAUGUUUCCACCUCCAUGUUUGACGGUGGGGAUGGUGUUCUUGGGGUCAUAGGCAGCAUUCCUCCUCCUCCAAACACGGCGAGUUGAGUUGAUGCCAAAGUGCUCGAUUUUGGUCUCAUCUGACCACAACACUUUCACCCAGUUCUCCUCUGAAUCAUUCAGAUGUUCAUUGGCAAACUUCAGACGGGCCUGUAUAUGUGCUUUCUUGAGCAAGGGGAAGCAGUGGGUGCUGCAGGAUUUCAGUCCUUUACAGCGUAGUGUGUUACCAAUUGUUUUCUUGGUGACUAUGGUCCCAGCUGCCUUGAGAUCAUUGACAAGAUCCUACUGUGUAGUUCUGGGCUGAUUCCUUACCGUUCUCAUGAUCAUUGCAACUCCACGAGGUGAGAUCUUGCAUGGAGCCCCAGGCCGAGGGAGAUUGACAGUUCUUUUGUGUUUCUUCCAUUUGUGAAUAAUCGCCUUGUGUAGGUCUACAAUCUUGUCCCUGACAUCCUUGGAGAGCUCUUUGGUCUUGAUUUACAGCAUUCCCCUCUCUCAGACAACAAAAAAGUAUAUAUCCCAAACAGUGCUAUAAAGCAGAGACACUGAGCUCUGUCAUGUAUAGCAUGUUACUGUACAGCCACUGCGUUCCAAUUUAGGUGCUUAUCAGUGACCACAUCUGCCAUUUUCAGCCCGUAUACGGGUUGUGGGUGUAUACUACCCAUUUCGUGGAGGAAAUUCAAAACUGACCUAAGAUCAGUGUCUAGGGGCAAUUUCACUGUACACCAAAAAUGUAUAUGCUGUUAGCCAACUAAAUCAUUGCUUUUAAUGUGAUCUUUAGAUUGAAAAAGCCCUGAGUUAAAACCCAGGAUAGACCCUAGCUGAACCAUAUUAACCCGGAUUCCAAUUUCCAAUAAAUCUUUGAUCCUAUCAAUGGUCUGUCACACUCCCAGGGUUAAGUACAGGAGACCAGGCCCAAGGCACACUAUGAUACCUAUCUGUUAUUAAUGUGAUGAGCAUGUGGCAAGUGUAGGCCUCAUAGGUAGCUGUUGGGGUCUCUGGACCUAUUGUAAUCUGCACUGGAAUCAGUUCUCAACAAUGUUAUCAGACGGCUGGGAUCUGGUGUGUCUUCAGUGGGCGGGUUUGGAGGAUUAUUUAUGUCUUUUUUUUCACAUGUUCUGGAUGGUUACUAUGACAAAAGGUUCUGGGUAUUGGGGCAUCUUUGAGCUGUUGUUGUAUUUGUGAAAGAAGCAUUGCAAACAUGACUAUCUCUCGCUCUCUCUCUUCCCUCCAGGCGUCUCCACUGCACACGGAACUACAUCCACAUUCACCUAUUCACCUCCUUUGUGUGUCGGGCCAUCAGUAUCUUUGUGAAGGAUGCUGUCCUCUACGCCAUGUCUGACGACGGAAAGACUGAAGCGGAGGACUUGGCAGAGAGACCCCAUAUGGUACUGUGCACUUCUUUACUGACUAAGAUUAGAUUAGAUUGAAGUUUAUUGUCCUACACGAGGAACAUCUUCCCACAGCUCACACAUACAUCGAAAAACACAACAGGAAACAAACAACAGUAAACAGUCAGAUAUAAGUAGUACCCCCACACCUGCACAUAUAGGAGGAAGCUACAUAUAAUUUCUCUUAAAGGGUGGCUGAACUCAACGAUUUUGCUUGGGCUUUUCCUGCUGCUCAUUAAGAAAAACAAUAUUUGCAUCUUGGGGGUGUGGUUCGAUGUGGGUGUGUUAUGUUUGCUAUUGUUGUUUGUCCCUCUUGAAUCACCAUAGACCACCUUUACGCCACACACAGAGACGCAUACAAAACUCGCCCUUGCCCUCCAUUUGGAAAAUCGUACCAUAAUUCUAUCCUCCUGAAGUACUAGUGACUCGCUCAAUACGGAAGUGGUCAGAUGACGCGGAUGCUACGCUACAGGACUGUUUUGCUAGCACAGACUGGAAUAUGUUCCGCGAUUCAUCCAAUGGCAUUCAUCAGUCACCGGCUUCAUCAAUAAGUGCAUUGAUGACGUCGUCCCCACAGUGACUGUACAUACAUAUCUCAACCAGAAGCCAUGGAUUACAGGCAAAACCCGCACCGAGCUAAAGGCUAGAGCUGCCGCUUUCAAGGAGCGGGACACUAAUCCGGACGCUUAUAAGAAAUCCCGCAAUGCCCUCAGUUGAACCAUCAAACAGGCAAAGCGUCAAUACAUGACUAAGAUUGAAUCCUACUACCCCGGCUCUGACGCUCGUCGGAUGUGGCAGGAGGACGCGAGAGUGUGCAAAACUGUCAUCAAGGCAAAGGGUGGCUAUUUGAAGAAUCUCAAAUCUAAAAUAUAUUUUGAUUUGUUUAACACUUUUUUGGUUACUUCAUGAUUCCAUAUGUGUUAUUUCAUAGUUUUGAUAUCUUCACUAUUAUUCUACGAUGUAAAAAAAUAAAGACAUAUCCUUGAAUGAGUAGGUGUGUCCAAACUUUUGACUGGUAGUUUAGGUCCAUUAUAAUUUCUACAUACUUUAUAUCUAGUUUAAGCUACGAAUUGAAACCGUAGCUUGCCCCUCCUGCUCUAUCCCAUUGAUCCAUUGGAACCAUUAUCUGAUGAUGAUAUGUUGAAUGUCCCAUGUCCCUUAUUAACGAUAUGAACAUGACACCUCUCUUCUCUCUGGUGCCCUAUAGGUGGGCUGUAAGGUGGCCGUUACUCUCUUCCUGUAUUUCCUGGCGACCAAUCACUACUGGAUCCUGGUGGAGGGGCUGUACCUGCACAGCCUCAUCUUUAUGGCCUUCCUCUCAGACAAGAACUACCUGUGGGCACUCACCAUCAUCGGCUGGGGUGAGUCUUUCUACACUCCCUGCAGGAGAACACUUUCUGGUUCCAGGUAGAACCAUUUCACCAUUUGUUUUGAGGCUAUACAGUGUUUGUUUACAUUUACAUUGUUUACAAAAAAUGCAGUAAAAAAAGCUUAUGUUGGGUUCGGAUGGGGAAUGACAGUUGAACAAAGCUCAUGAGGCAUUCAUAAGUGAUAUUCUUCAAGAAUCAAUGGGUAUAUACAGUGAGGUAAAAAAGUAUUUGAUCCCCUGCUGAUUUUGUACGUUUGCCCACUGACAAAGAAAUGAUCAGUCUAUAAUUUUAAUGGUAGGUUUAUUUGAACAGUGAGAGACAGAAUAACAACAACAAAAAUCCAGAAGAACGUAUGUCAAAAAUGUUAUAAAUUGAUUUGCAUUUUAAUGAGGGAAAUAAGAAUUUGACCCCCUCUCAAUCAGAAAGAUUUCUGGCUCCCAGGUGUCUUUUAUACAGGUAACGAGCUGAGAUUAGGAGCACACUCUUAAAGGAAGUGCUCCUAAUCUCAGUUUGUUACCUGUAUAAAAAACACCUGUCCACAGAAGCAAUCAAUCAAUCAGAUUCCAAACUCUCCACCAUGGCCAAGACCAAAGAGCUCUCCAAGGAUGUCAGGGACAAGAUUGUAGACCUACACAAGGCUGGAAUGGGCUACAAGACCAUCGCCAAGCAGCUUGGUGAGAAGGUGACAACGAUUAUUCACAAAUGGAAGAAACACAAAAUAACUGUCAACCUCCCUUGGCCUGGGGCUCCAUGCAAGAUCUCACCUCGUGGAGUUGCAAUGAUCGUGAGAACGGUGAGGAAUCAGCCCAGAACUACACGGGAGGAUCUUGUCAAUGAUCUGUAGGCAGCUGGAACCAUAGUCACCAAGAAAACUAUUGGUAACACACUACGCUGUAAAGGACUGAAAUCCUGCAGCGCCCGCAAGUUCCCCCUGCUCAAGAAAGCACAUAUACAGGCCCAUCUGAAGUUUGCCAAUGAACAUCUGAAUGAUUCAGAGGAGAACUGGGUGAAAGUGUUGUGGUCAAAUGAGACCAAAAUCGAGCUCUUUGGCAUCAACUCAACUUGCCGUGUUUGGAGGAGGAGGAAUGCUGCCUAUGACCCCAAGAACACCAUCCCCACCGUCAAACAUGGAGGUGGAAACAUUAUGCUUUGGGGGUGUUUUUCUGCUAAGGGGACAGGACAACUUCACCGCAUCAAAGGAACGAUGGACGGGGCCAUGUACCGUCAAAUCUUGGGUGAGAACCUCCUUCCCUCAGCCAGGGCAUUGAAAAUGGGUCGUGGAUGAGUAUUCCAGCAUGACAAUGACCCAAAACACAUGGCCAAGGCAACAAAGGAGUGGCUCAAGAAGAAGCACAUUAAGGUCCUGGAGUGGCCUAGCCAGUCUCCAGACCUUAAUCCCAUAGAUAAUCUGUGGAGGGAGCUGAAGGUUCGAGUUGCCAAACGUCAGCCUCGAAACCUUAAUGACUUGGAGAAGAUCUGCAAAGAGGAGUGGGACAAAAUCCCUCCUGAGAUGUGUGCAAACCUGGUGGCCAACUACAAGAAACGUCUGACCUCUGUGAUUGCCAACAAGGGUUUUGCCACCAAGUGCUAAGUCAUGUUUUGCAGAGGGGUCAAAUACUUAUUUCCCUCAUUAAAAUGUAAAUCAAUUUAUAACAUUUUUGACAUGCGUUUUUCUGGAUAUUUUUGUUGUUAUUCUGUCUCUCACUGUUCAAAUAAACCUACCAUUAAAAUUAUAGACUGAUCAUGUCUUUGUCAGUGGGCAAACGUACAAAAUCAGCAGGGGAUCAAAUACUUUUUUCCCUCACUGUAUUAUUAAUCUAAAAGUCCAAAAAGGGGUUUAAAAGCAGUCACAGAUUGCCCCUUUAAACACUCCUCCAAGCGUUGCGAGAUCAGAUUAUUAUUAUUUGAUCAAUUCCAUUUACUUUUAAUACUUCAGUAUAUUUAAAACCAAAUACUUUUAGACUUUUACUCAAGUAGGAUUUUACUGGGUGACUUUCACUUUUACUUGAGUCAUUUUCUAUUAAGGUAUCUUUACUUUUACUCAAGUAUGACAAUUGGGUACUUUGUCCACCACUGGAAAAGACCACCUUGAAAGACCUUUGUUGUGGCUAUGUUAGAUAGCUCAGACGGGAAUUCAACAUUAAUCUAUUUCACCCUCCUACCUCUUUCCCUCCCUCUCUCAUAGGUGUCCCUGCAGUGUUUGUGUCCAUUUGGGUCAGUGCGCGAGCAUCACUGGCGGACACUCAGUGAGUCCCUUUAUACAAAAUUGUGUGUACAUCACAUUGAAGUGAAUAAUCACACUUAACACUUAACACUAGCUAUUCUACACACAACACACAAUCGCAGUGUGUUCUCCCCAUUUGCAGGUGCUGGGACAUCAGUGCGGGAAAUCUGAAGUGGAUCUAUCAAGUCCCGAUUCUUGCAGCCAUUGUAGUAAGUAAAUAUUUCCUUUUCACCUUGACUCAUGCACUUCACAAGCAUUUGUCUCAUGUCCCUUUUUUAUUGUUGGAUAGCAUCCGUGAUUUCACAUCAAACAUCUUAUUUGACACAAUCCAAAUAAGCUCAAAAGCUGAAAUGUACUAUUUAUUGGAUGUCUCCGCUUUCAACUGAUCUUCAACUUAAGAGCAUGAAUACGGUGUCCGAAGUCAGAGUGACUGUUACACCAACUCCUUGUGACUCUGAGGCUGUCUUAAUAUGGACACCUUACAUGCAUUUCUAACUCUUCCUACAGGUGAACUUCUUCCUGUUCCUCAACAUCAUACGAGUGUUGGCCUCUAAGCUAUGGGAGACCAACACAGGCAAACUGGACCCCCGUCAGCAGUACAGGUGA